UUGGGUGUUGUAACAGUUGGUGCAACACCAGAACCUCACAGGUUCACCAUCACAGAGCCUCCUCAUCACGUGGAGUUCACAAACGACACCGGGACUAUUCUCACAUGCUUCGCGAGAGGACAGUUCCAGCUGGACUGGCUAUUCUCAGACAACAGUCCAGUGACGUCACUAGCUGGUCUGAGAAAAGUGCUGGCCAAUGGAUCCCUGGAGCUACCACCGUUCCCAGCUGAUAGAUACCGCAGGGACGUCCACGCUGCCACUUACAGAUGUCGACUGAGACUGAACGGUGGUUACGUACUGUCCAAGAAUAUACAUGUACAUGCUGUAUUAAACAUACCGUGGGAGGUUCGCGUGCCAGAUGAGUACGUGAUGGCAGGAAACUCGGCCAUAUUGAGAUGUACAGUGACUCCGCGCUGUGCCGACAGAGUCGAAUAUACAGACUGGCUCACAGACGACGAUACUAGAAUCCUAGAUUACUUAGGUUCGAAAUACUCUCGUUUGGACGACGGUUCGUUGUACAUAAGUGAAGUGCGUCACGGCGAGCGGUACUCCGCCUUCCGUUGCACAGUCCGAGACAGACUCACUGGUUCCGUAUAUUCUAGUCAAUAUUUUGGUCACAUAAUAGUGACGGAACCAAAGGGGGGAGUUCGGCCGAGGGUUUCUGUGGAACCCCGAUUACGAAGAGUGCCCGUGGGUCAAGAUAUACGGUUACCUUGUGCCGCUCACGCAUGGCCUGUACCCAGCUACAGGUGGUUUCGUGAGCACCAUGAGGAACUGACUCCCAUAGAGCAGACUUUACUAUGGCCCCGAGUGACAGUGAUGAAGGGUCUGCUGAUUAUUCAGAGAGUUCAACGUGAGGAUAGUGGCAGGUUCAUAUGCUGGCUGAACAACACCGUUGGAGUUGAAUCCGCUCAUUUCACACUCAUUGUUACAGAACCAAUUUCCGUCCGAAUAAAACCAGAAUUAUUAAAAACAAAACGAAACGUGGAUGUCAAUUUCGAUUGCAAAGUAAGUGGUCAUCCCAUUGAAAUAGUUUAUUGGACCCAUGAUGGAAAAGUUGUUAAGAAUUCAGAAAGGGUAAGGGUUUCGGAAGAUGGACUGCGAUUACAUAUCAGGAACACUCAGCAGAAUGACCAGGGAAUGUAUCAAUGUUUUGCGAGUAAUACGAGAGACCAAGCAUACGGAAUCACGGAAUACGUCAUCGAUGCAGCUGACAGCCGACCACGAUCUGUUGGUAAUCGCUCCCGACGGGCGCCUUACGCACGCAGCACGCAUACUCACGACACCGAUUGGAACUUUACUGGAACAAGAGAAUCAAAGCCGGAGUUGGUGUACUGGUUUUCUGAGCAAACCCUGCAGCCUGGACCUAGCGUGUCCCUGAAAUGUGUAGCCAUGGGACAUCCGCCUCCACAAUUCACGUGGUUACUAGACGGGUUUCCUAUACCUACAAAUUCAAGAUUCGUCGUUGGCCAGCACGUGACACUUCAAGACGACGUUGUCAGCCAUCUUAACAUAAGUCGUGUGACAGAACAAGAUGGCGGCGAGUACGCAUGUGUUGCCAGUAAUUCAGCGGGAAAAGCGAUCCAUGCGGCAAGGGUGAACGUGUACGGGUUGCCAUUUAUACGGGAGAUGCCCAAAGUUACGGCUGUUGCAGGCAGUGAUUUGAAUAUUAAAUGCCCUGUUGCUGGAUAUCCUAUUGAAUCAAUUACAUGGGAAAGAGAGGGGCAGACAUUACCUCUAAAUCGCCGCCAAAAAGUGUUUCCGAACGGCACGUUAAUAGUGGAACAAACACAACGAGGAGAAGACGCCGGCACUUACACCUGCCAAGCAGCGAAUAGACAACGUCAUGUUGCACGAAGAGAUGUCGAAGUACAGAUAUUAGUCCAACCAAAGAUAUUGCCCAUUCAGCCACUGACGAAUUUAUUAAGGGAGGGCAUGAGAGCGGCUAUUUCCUGUCAGAUAUUGGAGGGCGAUUUGCCGAUUGCAUUCCGAUGGGAGAAAAACGAUCAGCCUGUGACGUCAUCCCCAUACGCUCCAAGCGGUAUAAUAACGAGGCGAAUGGAUGAGUACAGUGCGUCGCUCGUGAUAGAACACAUAACUUCGCUACAUAGUGGAAAUUACACUUGCAUAGCAUCAAACGUGGCGGGUUCUGAGCGGUUUACCGUACCGCUUACAGUUAAUGUACCACCAAGAUGGCGGCUGGAACCAAGCGAUGUAGCUGUGGCUGCGGGCCAGGAUGUCAAUCUUCAGUGUCAAGCUGAUGGCUAUCCGAAACCCAAUAUAACAUGGAAGAAAGCUGUUGGUAACACUCCUGGUGAAUACAAGGACUUCAUGUUUGAGGGAACUUCACGGGUUCUUGAAAACGGCUCACUGAUAUUUGAACGAGUUGCGAAAGAUAACGAGGGUCACUAUUUGUGUGAAGCAAGAAAUGAUAUAGGAGCCGGUCUGAGCAAACUUAUCUUCUUGAAAGUUAACGCCCCAGCCAGAUUCCCGAUGAAGAGCAAAACAGUUCAAGUAACAGCAGGUGAAGCAGCUCAUCUUCAAUGCGCGGCUUCAGGAGACGCUCCACUUGAAGUCAGUUGGAGGAGUCCUCAUCAUCACACCAUCGCACAUCAUCUCGACCAAAGAUAUACAAUACGCGAGCAAGUUCUGGACGAUGGUUUAGUUUCCGAGUUGAGUAUUUUGCAGACUUACAGACAAGACACGGGUGCACUGACUUGUCGAGCAUCCAAUGCUUAUGGACAAGACGAAAUGCUUAUACAUCUUGUUGUCCAAGAGGUUCCCGAGAUGCCAAAAAACAUAAGAAUUAUUGAUCAGCAGUCAAGGUCAAUACAAAUAUCAUGGACUCAACCAUACGCUGGGAACAGCCCCAUUAUAAACUACAUUGUACAAUAUAAAGAAGCUCCUGAACCAUGGCCAACGACUCCUCAAAAGGUUAUAGUCCCUGGCAGUGUGACGUCAUCCAGUGUCCAGAACUUACAACCAGCGACGUCUUACCACUUGCGAAUCAUUGCUGAAAACCGUUUGGGCCAAAGCGAGCCCAGUCAACUGGUACAGGUUACUACUACUGAAGAAGUACCUAGCGGUUCACCCAUAGAUGUGCGAGUAGAAGCUAAAAGUUCAACAGAGUUAACAGUUAGCUGGGAUCCGCCUCAGCGAGAUCUAUGGAAUGGAAAUAUUCUUGGAUAUUACGUUGGAUUUCAAGAAUUAAACAGCAACAGCACGGUACUAAGUGCGAGUGGUCCCGGCGGGGCUUCCUACACCGUACGUACAGUUGAAGGAACGGGCUCAGCACGCGCAAGAACUACACUCGCAGGGCUACAGAAACAUGCUGCAUAUGCUGUUGUCGUACAAGCUUAUAACAGCAGAGGCGCUGGACCAGCUAGCCCACCUACCACUGCUACCACCUUGGAAGAUGUGCCUAGUCUCCCACCUGGAACACUUAACUGUAGCGCGCUAUCAUCACAAUCGGUUCGUGUAACCUGGGAACCACCACCUAUGCGAGGUAGAAACGGAGUUCUGCAAGGGUAUAGAGUAACGUAUGCACCUGUUACUGAUUGGUAUGGUGAGUUAUACUCUAAACUAUAA